UCCGGAAGUGCGGAACCCACGGGCGGUCCUGCAGCUAGGCAGGCCUGGGGCUUGGUUCUAUGUCCCUGCGGGUCGGUGCGAGGGCGAAGAGGAACCUGUGGGCCUCGGGGGAUCCCGGGGAGCCGGACCAGUGUUCCCCAGUUGUUGGAGCAGACGCGUGAGCGCAUCGCGGGCGGGCAGGGCCUGACGUGCAGCUAUGUUUCCAGUGUCCUCUGGGUGUUUCCAAGAGCUACAAGGAACAAAUAAAUCUCUGGGGUUGGUAUCCUUUGAAGAUGUGGCUGUGCACUUCACCUGGGAGGAGUGGCAGGACCUGGAUGACGUUCAGAGGACCCUCUACUGGGACGUGAUGCUGGAAACCUACAGCAGCCUGGUAUCAUUGGGGCAUUGCAUUACCAAACCUGAGAUGAUCUUCAAGCUAGAGCAAGGAGCAGAGCCAUGGAUAGUAGAAGAAGCCCCAAACCUGAGACUUUCAGCUGUCCAGAUCCUUGAUGACCUUAUUGAAAGGAGCCAUGAAAGUCAUGAUAGAUUUUUCUGGCAAAUUGUAAUCACCAACAGCAACACAUCAAUUCAGGAGAGAGUUGAAUUAGGAAAAACAUUUAAUUUGAACUCAAACCAUGUUUUAAAUCUGAUUAUAAAUAAUGGAAACAGUUCAGGAAUGAAGCCUGGGCAGUUUAAUGUUUGCCAGAACAUGAUUUUCCCUAUUAAGCCUGGUGAGACACAGUCUGGAGAGAAACCUCAUGUCCCUGAUAUAACUAGGAGAUCCCACAGACAUCAUGAACAUCUUACUCAGCAUCACAAGAUUCAAACUCUGCUGCAGCCUUUUCAAUGUAAUGAACAAGGGAAAACCUUCAACAUGGAGGCAAUGUUCUUUAUACAUAAGAGGGUUCAUACAGGACAGACCUUUGAUAAAUAUAAUGAAUAUAAGAAAGCCUGUAAUAAUUCAGCUGUUAUCGUCCAAGGGAUAACUCAGGUAGGACAGCAAACUUGCUGUAGAAAGUCUGACAUCACUAAAGAUCAGCGAACACACGCAGGAGAGAAACCCUAUGAAUGUGUUGAAUGUGAGAAACCCUCCAUUAGCAAAUCAGACCUUAUGAUACAGCACAAGAUGCCUACUGAGGAAAAACCUUAUGCCUGUAACUGGUGUGAAAAAUUGUUCAGCUAUAAGUCCAGCCUCACUAUCCAUCAGAGAAUUCACACAGGAGAAAAGCCCUAUGGAUGCAAUGAAUGUGGAAAAACCUUUCGCCGUAAGUCAUUCCUCACUUUACAUCAGAGAACUCACACAGGGGAUAAACCCUACAAAUGUAUUGAAUGUGGAAAAACUUUUCACCGUAAGUCACUUCUCACUUUACAUCACAGAACUCACUCAGGGGAAAAGCCCUAUCAGUGUAGUGAAUGUGGAAAAACCUUUAGCCAGAAGUCAUACCUCACAAUACAUCAUAGAACUCACACCGGGGAAAAGCCCUAUGCAUGUGAUCAUUGUGAAAAAGCAUUUAGCCAUAAGUCAAGGCUUACUGUCCAUCAGAGAACACACACAGGGGAAAAACCCUAUGAAUGUAAUGAGUGUGGAAAACCCUUUAUCAAUAAGUCGAACCUCAGGAUACAUCAGAGAACUCACACAGGGGAAAAACCCUAUGAAUGCAAUGAAUGUGGGAAAACCUUUCACCAUAAGUCAUUCCUCACUGUCCAUCAAAGGACUCACACAGGGGAAAAACCCUAUGAAUGCAAUGAAUGUGGGAAAACAUUUCGCCGUAAGUCAUUCCUCACUGUCCGUCAGAGAACUCAUACUGGGGAAAAACCAUAUGCAUGUAACGAAUGUGGAAAAACAUAUAGCCACAAGUCAUACCUUAUAGUACAUCACAGAACUCACACAGGGGAAAAACCCUAUAAAUGUAAUGAAUGUGGAAAAUCCUUUUACUGUAAGUCAUUCCUAACUAUACAUCAGAGAACUCAUGCUGGCAAAAAACCCUAUGAAUGUAAUGAAUGUGAGAAAACCUUUAUCAAUAAGUUAAACCUUGGGAUACACAAGAGAACUCACACAGGGGAAAGACCCUAUGAAUGUAAUGAAUGUGGAAAAACCUUUCGUCAGAAGUCAAAUCUCAGCACCCAUCAGGGAACUCACACAGGGGAGAAACCUUACUUAUGUAAUGAAUGUGGAAAAACCUUUCAUCGCAAGUCAUUCCUCACCAUACACCAGAGAACUCACACAGGGAAAAACCGUAUGGAUGUAAUGAAUGUGGAAAAACUUUUUGUCAGAAAUCAUACCUUAUUAUACAUCAGAGAACUCACACCAGGGAAAAGCCCUAUGAAUGUAAUGAAUGUGGAAAAUCCUUUCAUCAGAAGGCAAAUCUUCAGAAGCAUCAAGGUAUUCACAUGGGGGAGAAACCCUAUGAAUGUAGCGAAUGUGGAAAAACUUAGUCAGAAGUCAGUCCUCACUGUACAUCAUAGAACCCAUACUGGAGAAAAACCUUACGAAUGUAAUGAGUGUGGGAAAACCUUUUGUCACAAGUCAAACCUCAAUACGCAUCAGGGAACUCACUCAGGAGAGAAACCCUAUGAAUGUGAUGAAUGUAGGAAAACUUUUUACGAUAAGACAGUUCUCACCAUAUAUCAGAUAACUCACACAGGUGAGAAGCCAUUUGAGUGUAAAGAAUGUAGGAAAACCUUCUCCCAGAAGUCAAAACUCUUUGUACAUCACAGAACUCACACAGGGGAAAAACCCUUUAGAUGUAAUGAAUGUAGGAAAACUUUCUCCCAGAAGUCAGGCCUCAAUAUACAUCAGAGAACACACACAGGAGAAAAACCUUAUGAAUGUAAGGAAUGUGGGAAAACCUUUUGCCAGAAGUCACACCUCAGCAGGCAUCAACAAACCCAUAUAGGAGAGAAAUCUGACGUAGCUGAGGCAGGCUAUGUGUUCCCUCAAAAUCACUCUUUUUUCCCUUGAACACACAACCUACACCUCUCCGGCUACUAUUAUAGAUUUCUCCAUGCUCAGUCUAGGAGAAUAUGGACACAAAUGGUGACUAUUACUUCCUGGCCUACCAACAAGAAGGUCUUAACCAUGCUGUAACAGAUGUGCUAUCAUGCAGGCUUUCUUCUUCCCAUUUUUACAGCACACUUCACACUUUAAUGUCACAGAUAUGGUUGUUUUCCUAGAAGCUCAUGUACCAACCUCUGCCAGCUUCAAACAUUUCUUCCACAACUUCCUCACUUCUCUUCUCCUCCAUAGAAUUGAAGAGAGUUAGGGCCUUUCUCAGGAUUAGGCUUUGUCUCAAGGGAAUGUUGGGGCUGAUUUGAUCUUCUAUGCAGACCACUCAGACUUUCUCUGUAUCAGUAAAAAUCUGUUUUGUUUUUUAAAAUCAUUCAUGUUUUCACUGGAGUAGCACCUAUAACUUCCUUCAAGAACUUUUUCUUUGCAUUCACAACUUGGGUAGCUGAUGCAAGAAGCUUAGCUUUGGCCUGUCUUAGCUUCCAACAUGCCUUCUUCACUAAGCUUGAUGAUUUCUGCCUUUUGAUUUGAAGUGACAGACAUGCACACUUCUUUUCACUUGAACACAUGGUGGCCACUGCAGAGUGAAGUGGCCUAAUUUCAUUGUUGUAUCUUGGGGAAUGGGGGGUUGGAAGAGAGAAAUAGAGACAGGGAAAUGACUAGUCAAUGAAGCAGUCAAACACAUUUUUCCAUCAUGUUUGUUGUCUUCCAUAGAGUUCCAGCACCCUGAGACAAUUCCAAUAGUAACAUCAGAAAUCACUGAUCACAGAUCAUCAUAACAGAUGUGAUAACUAAAAUCUUUGAAAGAUUGUGGGGAUUGCCAAAAGAUGUGACACAGAUGUGAAGUGAGCACACGGUGUUGGAAAAAUGGUGCUGGUCAGACUUGCUGAGCACUUCAUGGCCACAAAUCUUUAAUUUGUUAAAAAGGUGAUGUUGCCAAGCAAAAUAAAGUGAAGCUCGAUAAAGUGAGGUGUGCCUCUAUUUUGAUGGGCUCUAACAAUUUGUCUUUUCAUUGGUACAUUUAGACCAUUGACAUUCAAAGUGAUUGUACAGUUGGAUUAAUUUUGCCAUAUCAUUUUCCAUUCACUCCUAUUGUUCUUUGUUCUUGCUUUGUCCUCCACUCUUUUUCUGCCUUUUAUGGAGUUGAUGAUUUUAUGAUUUUUGUUUCCUCUCUUGCUUUUUUUUUUUUAUUGAGACACUCACCCAGGCUGGAGUGCAGUGGUGUGAUCAUGGCUCCCUGCAGCCUCAACCUCGUGGGUUCAAGUGAUCCUUCCACCUCAGUCUCCCAGUUAGCUAGGACUACAAGUAUGCAAUUAGCUAGGACUACAAGUAUGCACCACCAUACCUGGCCUUUUCUUUUCUAUAGGGAUAGGGUCUCACUGUGUUGCUCAGGAUAGUCUCUAACUCCUGGACUCAAGCCAUCUUUCUACCUUGGCAUAAGCCACUAUACCUGGCCUGUUUUCUCUUUUUAACAUUUUUAUACUUUGGUUUUUACUAGUUGCCCUGGAGUUUGCAGUAUAGACUUGCAAAAAAUCCAAGUCCACCUUCAAAUAACAGUAUACCAGUUCAGUUACUCCAACUGUCUUCUAAUAGAAAUGUAAUACCAGUUUCUCUCAUAUUCCCAUCUGUUGUGUUAUUGUUGCCAUUUGUUUCACUUAUAUGUAAGCAUACAUAGCCUUGUAUAUAUUAAGUAUGUAAUUGGCUGGGUGCCUUGGCUUAAGCCUGUAAUCCCAAUACUUUGGGAGGCUGAGGCAGGUGGAUCAUGAGGUCAGGAGAUGGAGACCCUCCUUGCUAACACGGUGAAACCCCAUCUCUACUAAAAAUACAAAAAAUUAGUUGGACGUGGUGGCACACGCCUGUAGUCCCAGCUACUCGGGAGGCUGGGACAUGAGAAUUGCUUGAACCAGGGAGGAGGUGGAGGUUGCAGUGAGCUGAGAUUGCAUCACUGCACUCCAGCCUGGGUGACAGAGCAAGACUCUGUCUCAAAAAAAAAAAAAAGUAUAUAAUUGCAUACAUUGUUAUUAUAUACAAACUGUUAUAUGUUAGGUCAAUUAAGAAUAAAAAGCAGCUGGGUACAGUGCCUUAUGCCUGUAAUUCCAGCACGUUGGGAGGCCGAGGUGGGCAGAUCAUGAGGUCAGGAGAUCGAGACCAUCCUAGCUAACAUGGUGAAAUCCCACCUCUACUAUAAAUACAAAAACAAAA